UUUCCUAUUGUUAACAUGCCAAUUAUCCUCAAAUUGAUCUAUAGAUUCAACAGAAUCCUAAUCAAAUUCUCAAAGGACUUUUUCUUUUUGACAUUGACAAACUGACUUUAAAAUUUCUACAGAAAUGCAAAGGACCUAGGAAGAACUAACUUUGUAAAAGAACAUUGUUAAAGGACUAAGACAGCCUAAUUUCUAGAUUUAUUAUAAAGCUAAAGUAACCAACAGAGUGUGAAAUUUCCAUGAGAGAAAAAUAAAUGGAAGAGAAAAAAGUGCACAGAAAUUGACCUUCAAAAAAUAUACACAACUGAUACUCUACCAAUUUCCAAAUGUAAUUCAGUGGAGAAAAGAUUGUCUUUACAAAAAUAGUUCUAAAAUUAUCAGAUAUAUGUAAGCAAGAGGUACAUUUUUAAAUAAAAACUUUGAUUUAUAUAUUGUGCUGUUUACAAAAAUUAAAACCUUGUCCUUUGGAUAGGCCAAGUUUUCACAGAUACAUCAAAAGAAGCACAAUCCAGAAAAGAACAAAUUGAUACAUUGGACUUCAUCAAAUUAAAAAAACUUCUCUUUGAUACUGUUAAGACAAUGAAAGGGAAAAGCCAAGGAUGAAGUGAAAAAUUUGCAAAUCAUAUAUCUGAUAACCUGUUUACAUCUAGAACACAGCAAGGAUUCUCAAAACUAAAUAUGACAUCCAGCAACACAAUUUAAAAACGGGGGAAAAAAUCCACAGAAACUUCAACCGAGGAGAGAUAAGGAUGGCAAAUAAGCAAAUAUAGAGAUGUUCAAUACCAGUAGUCAUUAGGACACACAAAUGAAACCCAGAAUGAGAUUGCACUACACACCUGUUAGAAUCCGGCUGCACAGGUGGCGUCAGCGCUGCCCAGCCUCCAGGAAGGAACCUAGGCUGCACGUGGCUGGCGGUCUCCUAGCGACUAGAGCGGCAGGGAUCAGGAACCGCGGAAACUGGAGAGGUGGCACCCCAGCAAGGGCCACCAUGGGGGACCAGAGGCCGCAGGACUGGCCGAAGUCCCCGGGCAUGGACUUCAAGCCCUGGUACUGUGACAAACCGCCUUCCAAGUGCAUCGCGAAGCGCAAGUACAGGCGCCUGAGGUUCCCGCCCAUGGACACCCAGAACUGGGUAUUCGUGACAGAGGGCAUGGACGACUUCCGCUACGGCUGUCCGUCUCCUGAAGAUACGCUCAUUUGUCGCCGUGACGAGUUCUUACUCCCCAAAAUCUAUCGCAGAGGUCCCCAAACUGACACCAAAAGCGGGCAGAAAAAGUUGCUCAAGAAAGCGGCCCUGUUUUCCAAGCUCUCUCCAGCCCAGCUAGCACGGAAGACGUUCGUAGAGGAAGUGGAAGCCCAGCUGACGGCCAAGCAUCCCUUGGCCAUGUACCCCAGUCUUGGAGAAGAUAUGCCUCCAGAUCUCCUACUACAGGUGCUGAAACUGCUGGAUCCUGAGAGGAAGCUGGAGGAUGCUUGGGCCCGUUGUGAGGCCCGGGAGAAAACAACCGAGGUACCCACAGAGCCUGGUAAAUACCCCUGUGGGGAACUCUGCCCAAAGCCUCCCGAGACUCCGGUGUCCCAUCUCCGCCCGGAGCCUCCCAAGACUCCGGUGUCCAGUCUCCACCCGGAGCCUCCUGAGUCUGGAGUGUCCCAUCCCCGCCCGGAGCCUCCCAAGACUCCGGUGUCCAGUUUCCGCCCAGAGCCUCCCGAGACUGGAGCGACCCAUCUCGGCCCGGAACAUCCCAACACUCGUCGGGUGUCCAGUCUCCUACGACAGCUACUGAAACUGGAUUCUGAGAGGAAGCUGGAAGACGCACGGGCUCGUUGUGAGGGCCGGGAGAAGACAACCAACGAACACACAGAGCCUGGUAAAUACACUUGUGGGGAAUUCUGCCUGCGGCCUUUCGAGACUCCGUUGUCCAGUCUCCGCUCAGACCCUCCCGAGACUGGAGUGUCCCGUCUCCGCCCAGAGCCUCCCAAGACUAGGGUGUCCAGUCUUCCCCUGAAGCCUUCCGACACUAGAGUGUCCCAUCUUCGCCAGGAGCCUCCCAAGACUCCGGAGUCCAGUCUCCGGCCAGAGCCUCCUGAGACUGGAUUGUCCCAUCUCUACCAAGAGCCUCUCAAGACUCGUCGGGUGUCCAUUCUCUGCCGUGAGCCUCCAGAGACUGGAGUGUCCCACCUCUGCCCGGAGCCUCCCGACACUCGCGUAUCUCAUCUCCACCGGGAGCCUCUGGAGACUGGAGUGUCCCAUCUCCACCUAGAGCCUCCCAAGACUCGUCGGGGGUCCAGUCUCCACUCGGACCCUUCUGAGACUGGAGUGUCCCAUCUCCGCCUAGCGCCUCCCAAGACUCGUCGGGGGUCCAGUCUCCACUCAGAGCCUUCCGAGACUGGAGGGUCCCAUCUCCGCCCGGAGCCUCCCAAGACUGAAGUGUCUCAUCUCCAGUCAGUGCCUCCCAAGACUGGAGCGUCCCAUCUCCGCCCAGAACCUCCUGACACUAGUCGGGUGUCCAAUCUCCUACUAUACAUGCUGAAAGUGCUGGAUUCUGGGAGGACGCUGAAGGAUGUAUGGGCUCGUUGUGAGGCCCGGGUGAAGAAAACCGAGGAACCCACCGAGCCUGAUAAAUUCCCUUGUGGGGAACCCUGCUUGCAGCCUCCGGAGACUCAGGUGUCCCAUCUCCACCCAGAACCUCCCAAGACACGUCGGGCGUCCAGUCUCCACCCGCAGCCUCCCAAGACUCGUCGGGCGUCCAGUCUCCGCUCGGAUCCUCCCAAGACUCGUCGGAGGUCCAGUCUCCGUCCAGAGCCUCCCAAGACUCGUAGGGUGUCCAGUCUCCGCCCGGAGCCUCCCAAGACUCAUCGGGUGUCCAGUCUCCGCCCGGAGCUUCCCAAGACUCGUCGGGUGACCAGUCUCAGCCCGGAGCCUCCCAAAGCUCCAGUGUCCCAUCAGUUCUCGGAGCCUCCCAAGAUUCGAGCGUCCUACAUAAAAGAACUGUUUCACGAAGAUACACCAAACACAACAGAGUGUGUUUCUGACUCUCUUCAAUAUAGAUACACAUCAGAAAAACUCCGUGAAUUCUUCAAGUGGGCUGCAGACCUGGGAGCUGAUGAAGAAUCCAUCAGGAAUCUGUGUGACUUUACCCCCAAGUACAGAGAAACCUAUUACGACCAAAAGCUUAAGAAGGUAAAAGAGUAUUCCUCAGAGCUGAAGUACAGCAUGGAGCUAGAUGAAAUGGAUGAGGCUAAAUUCUUCUCACAGGAAAAAUACUGGGGCAGGAAAUUCCACACGCCAUCGAAUUCUUAUACUGCACAGCGUGUGAAGAUGAAGUAUGGAGCAUGGUACCUCAAGCCUAAGUUGUGGAAAAAGCUAAGAAGUGAUGAACAUUUGAUUGACCCCAAGCUCUUGCUUGAAAAGCCUGAUGAACCUGACAUUCUUGACGAACUUUAUGGACCAAUUGCCUUUAAGGAUUUCAUUCUAAGCAAGGGCUACGAAAUGCCUGGCAUCCUUGAAAGACUGUUUGCCAAGAAGGGAUGGACUUAUGACUCUGUUAAGACUCCCAUUCAACGUGCAAUACGAUUUUACAAGUACAAAGAAAACGCAGACGCAUCGGAAGAAGAUUAGGUGGUUUUCAAUUUACUAUUUAAUUGGGUAUUUCUUGCUCUCAUUUUUUUUUUUUUUUAAAUUUAUUUAUUAUUAUUAAACUUCAAGUUGUAGGGUACAUGUG